UCCAUAGCCAAAUUCAACGCAGAGUCUAUUUCUAAACUGCAGACAUGUGCGACUACGAUGAAUUCUUAUUCGAAUGCAACCACUCUGUCUGCCGGUUGAAGUCUUACUGCCAUUUUGCGCGUAACGACCCGAAUCAUAUAUGUCUUGGAGUAAAGAAGCUUCGAGAUUCAUGGCUUCAGGAGGGACAGCUUUGCGAAGAAUGCAUCAGAAGCGGCCUGCGCUUCGUGGAUGGAAGGAUAUGGGCCCCCUCACAACGAGCACGGUGAAAUAGACGCAAACGUGAGGAAGAUGGCCCGAGUUACGCACGACAUACUACGCAUCUAGUUAGAUGUCGGAGAGUCUUCGUACAACGCUACGGGAAUAACGAGAAAUGACUACCACGGUCCAGAACGCGGGAUAGCUGCUCACAUGCAGCCCUGGAGAGUGUUGUUUCCAUUACUUGAGUAGAGGAUGACACGAGUCAGGAAGUUUUGUAUGUUGCUUACCACCCGUUACGAACU